AUGAAUCUGUUGAAAUGUGAACUUUGUUUAUGUUUUGUUACUGUCCUGCUGCUCAGAGAUGCCUCUGCUGGAAUUAAACACAUUGAAGCUAAUCCGGACGCGAAGCGACUUUACGACGACCUGCUCAGCAACUACAACAGACUCAUACGGCCUGUUAUCAACCAUACUGAAACCCUCACGGUAUGGCUAAGCCUCAAGUUGUCUCAGCUCAUAGAGAUGAACCUUAAGAACCAAAUCAUGACCACCAACCUUUGGGUGGUGCAGAAAUGGAGUGACUACAAAUUGAGAUGGGAUCCCGAGGAAUAUGGUGGAGUUGAGAUGUUAUACGUUCCAUCUGAACAUAUCUGGUUACCGGACAUUGUGCUUUUCAAUAACGCCGACGGCAACUACGAGGUGACGUUGAUGACGAAGGCGACCCUGUCUUACACGGGGGAGGUGAUCUGGAAGCCGCCGUCGAUAUAUAAAUCUUCCUGCGAAAUAAACGUGCAAUAUUUCCCCUUCGACGAGCAGAGCUGCUUGAUGAAGUUCGGCUCCUGGACUUACAAUGGUCUACAGGUAGACCUGAAGCACAUGGACCAACAAUCAGGAAGCAAUAUCGUUAAAGUGGGAAUAGAUCUGUCUGAAUUUUACCUGUCCGUCGAAUGGGAUAUUUUAGCAGUCCCCGCUACGAGAAAUGAAGAGUAUUACCCGUGUUGCGAAGAGCCAUAUUCAGACAUCACGUUCAAGAUAACAAUGCGCCGCAAGACGCUCUUCUACACCGUCAACCUGAUCAUCCCCUGCGUGGGCAUCACGUUCCUCACGGUGCUGGUCUUCUACCUGCCCUCGGAUUCCGGCGAGAAGGUGACGCUCUGCGUAUCAAUCCUGCUCUCCCUGACGGUGUUCUUCCUGCUGCUCGCCGAGAUCAUCCCCCCCACCUCCCUGGCGGUGCCCCUGCUAGGAAAAUACCUGCUGUUCACUAUGAUUUUGGUCACAUCCUCGAUAUGGGUGACAGUGUGCGUGCUCAACGUUCACUUCAGGUCGCCGUCAACUCACAAGAUGUCACCGCUGUUUCGGAAGAUAUUUUUGCAUUUUAUGCCUAAACUGUUGAUCAUGAGGCGAACCACCUAUACCCUACCCGAAUAUGACGAUACUCAGCCACCUAGAGGAUACACCAAUGAGAUAGAUGUCCAAUUAAACAUGGGAGAACCCUUCACGACCGAUUUCAAGAUAACGACCAGAGAGCCCAGUUUCGUGCUGCAGAACUCGGAUCAAGAGGACGGCAAAAUGAAAGCGCACUCUUCCAUGACAGGUUCAUCGAACAUAACACCGAAAAAUCUCUCCGCAAAUGUGCUGGCAGCUCUUCAAGGGGUCAGAUUUAUCGCUCAGCACAUCCGAGAUGCAGAUAAGGAUAACGAGAUCGUGGAAGAUUGGAAAUUUGUCUCCAUGGUCUUGGACCGCUUCUUCCUCUGGAUAUUUACUCUCGCCUGCAUCGGAGGCACCUGCGGGAUCAUUUUCCAGGCACCGUCCUUGUACGACACCAGGGUGCCUGUGGACCAACAACUUAGCGAAAUCCCCCUGAGCAAAAUCUUCCAAGUACCCGUCUCCAACGUCCCCAUCAUGUAA